GCACUAUCAAUUGUUGCGGCUGAAAGUGUUAGGCUUUAUGUAGCAAUUACUGAUGGAGUUCUUAAUUUGGUCGACAAGGCGGAUAGGCUGUCUGAGUUCUUUGACAUCUGUAGGGGCCUUGACUUUGGACGAGGGCAGAAAUACGUCAAAAUUGAGCAGCCACCUGCAUCAUUUAUAAAAGCCAUGGAAGAAUAUGUAAUGGAAGCCCCACACCUUUGAUGCUUCCCUGGAGAACGAAUGAUGACGAUAAAAGCACUACUCCGAAAGAAAUUGCUGUUCCUGCAGCUGAUUUGGAGACCGAUCGUAAACUUUUCAUUGACACUGAAGAAUCUCACCCAUCUGUCGAUUCUCCAAAGAUUCCAAAGACUGAUAAGAGUGAAGCUGCAGAUACACCUUUGAUUCCUGAUCUAUUGAGCUGGGAUGACCCAUGUCAAGAAGCAUCUGAGCCGGAUGAUAACAAUUCCCUUGCCCUUUCGACUGUUGCAACUGAAAAGCUGUCCAAUCCUGCAAUCAGCUCUGAUCUCUCUCGAGAGCCUACUGACUGGGAGCUUGCACUCACUAUGGCACCAGGUUCUAAUUCUGCAGCUGUAACAGCGACUAAACGGGGAGUUGGACUGGAUAGAUUAACACUGGAUAGUUUAUAUGAUAUUGCAUUGACAAAAACAAAUCCAAAUGGAACCUAUCAUAUGGGUAUGGUCUCAUCGAAUCCUUUUGAGGAUGAUAGUAUAGCUCAGCAGCAUUAUCUGCAGUUGAUGGAAAUGCCCCAACAAGAAGGCGGAGCCCUACAGUAUCAACACCAACAGUCAAAUUAUGCACAGAUGAAUGAAAUGUCCCGGCAACAAGAAGAAUUUAUGCAGCAAUAUUAUCAGCAGAUGAAUUACAUGCAGAUGACUGCAAUGCUCCAACAACAAGAUCUCAUGCAGCAACAAGAUCAACAACAAAGUUAUGCACAUCGGAUGGCUGUAAUUCCUCAUCAAGAAGAAGCAUUCAAGCAUCAACAGCUGCAAGAACAAUCAACGGUUGGUCAUGAUUCUACGAAUCCCUUGGGGAAUCCUUUCAUCGAGCAAGAAUCUAAGCCUUGCUUAAGUCAGGACCAGCCUUCUGGUUUGAGCUUAAUUUAAGUGCCAUGAAGCAGUCGCUGAAGCGUCAAAGAGGAAGUUGUGGAUAUGCUGUGAAAAGCAGAAGGGAGGUAGUGGGUGAAGUAUAGAUAUUAUGGCUAGUGACUGUUGUCAUUCAGAGGGCUUUCGACAUAUUUUUGCAGGGUAGUCACAUGAAUGUUGAAUUGGUUUUGCUCUUAUUACUUCAUUUUUGGGCAUAAUAAAUAGGAGACAUAUCAGAAGUCA